AGUUUACUUGGUUCUUGUUUUUAUGAACAAAAAGAAAAGAACAACACGUCUAUCUUUGUGACACAGUGUGCACAGUUAUUGCUACUUGAUAUCGGGGCUUCAAAUGCGAUAUAAAAUUUAAUCAUAACUUUGACCCAACAACACAUAAGAAGCAUUUUUUAAAGCCUGAAUAAACACAGGAUGUCCAUAUAUAUAGGAGUUUAUUGUAUUAUUGUGUUAUUCCCUCGACAAUUUAACUAUUAAACUAAUUAAUUAAUUAAUUAAAAGGGUUAAUCGAAAUGUUUAUUUAUCAAAGUUUACAAAUAUGCAUUUUCCAAAAACUUUUUUAUCGACAUAAUAUUUAAUCUAAUAUUUUAAAUAAAGCGCUCUUUGUGGCCCCUAAGCUGCUUUUUUUGACACACAUUCAUUUUGGAGGUCUCGAUAUACAACCAGGAAGUUGUGAGAUCGUUUCAAACUUCUUUUUUUUCUUAAUUUUCUGAACGAGCACAAAAGACGGUCACUCCUCCAAAAUCCAAAAAGUCCGCCCCAGCACACACACACACACACACACACACACGCAUACACACGCAGUCAGCCACUUCUCAACAUGGACGUCCGAGCGACGGUUGCUGUGCGCUCUCUGCGGCUCUCUGCGCUCUACGCGCGGACUCUCUCGGCGGUCCGGCCCGGUCCGGAGCUCCGGUGCGGAGGCCCCGGUGCCAUCUUGGUCAGACGGAAUAUGACUGUCCAGACUGCGACGGAGACGGCGGGACUCAAGACCAUCGACGACCUGCCCGGACCCAGUGUGUCCACAUCUCUCUACAUGAUCUUUUUCAAGGGAUUUUUGAAGAAGUAUCAUUUAAUGCAGGGUCUGCAGAAGAGCAUGUAUGGGCCCAUAUGGCGCUCAAAGAUGGGCACAUAUAAGAUGGUGAACGUGGCGAGUCCGGAGCUCAUAGCUCAGGUGAUCCAACAAGAGGGUCUCUACCCGGUCCGAUUUGACAUGCAGCACUGGAGAGACUACAGGGACUUGAGAGGACAGGCCUACGGUUUACAUGUUAGCACAGGACCAGAAUGGCACCACCUCCGCAGUGUCCUAAACCCUGGUCUACUGAAGAUGAAGGCAGUGACAGGUUAUGCCUCGGUCAUCCACGAGGUGGUCGGAGAUUUGCUGCAGCGCAUUGAGGUCCUUCGCAGUCGCAGUCAGGACAAGGCUACAGUUCCAGAUGUAGCGGCUGAAUUCUAUAAGUUUGGUUUUGAGGCGAUCUCUGCAGUCCUGUUUGAGACCAGGCUCGGCUGCUUGGAGGAGGACAUUCCCAAAGACACACAGAAAUUCAUCGCCGGCGUCAACGACAUGCUUUCUCUGUCUCAAAUCCUUGUUAUCUUCCCACGCUGGAGCUACAACAUCCUGCCCUUCUGGAAGCGUUUUGUUCGGGCUUGGGACGACCUCCACGGCGUAGGUAGGCAGCAAAAGAAGGGACGGAAAAGGGAAAAUGCAUGCAGUUUGAUGUUUGGAUUUAGAUUUGUGUUUAUUUCUCGUUUGCAUAUGCAAGCCGAGACGCUCAUCGACAGGAGAGUGGCAGAAAUUGAAGCCCAGGUGAAGAGAGGCGAGACGCCAGAGGGCAUGUACCUGACUCAUCUGCUGUCUUCUGAGCAGAUGAGCAGAGCCAAUGUUUACGUCACUGUCACAGAGCUGCUGCUCGGGGGAGUGGACACGACGUCCAACACCUUGUCUUGGGCUUUGUUCCAUUUAGCGAAGGACAACAGGGCUCAGGACCAACUGUACAGGGAGGUGAACGCCGUUUGCCCCGAUCAACGAGCGCCGACCACAGCCGACCUGAGCAGGAUGCCGUACCUGAAGGCCGUCGUGAAGGAGACGCUGCGACUUUAUCCUGUGGUACCUGGAAAUGGACGCAUUGUUUCAGAGAAUGAGGUGGUUCUGGACAACUACUGGUUCCCAAAGAAGACUUUGUUCCACUUGUGUCAUUACGCAGUUUCUCAUGAUGAGGCAGAGUUCCCUGAUGCGGAGCGCUUCAUCCCGGAGCGUUGGCUCCGCACCGAGACACCCGGCGCCGACUCUGUGGCACCAAUGCCGGGCUCCUACCAGCACCACCCGUACAGUUUCAUCCCAUUCGGCGUGAAGGGCCGAGGGUGUGUGGGGAAGAGGUUGGCGGAGAUGGAGUUGUAUUUCACUCUCUCCAGGCUGUUGCAGCGCUACAAUGUCCAGCCUGAGCCCGGCGUCACCACCAUAGAACCCAUCACUCGGACUCUGCUCGUCCCUGAAAAGCCCAUCAACCUGCGCUUCCUGCCCAGAGCCCAGUGAGCUACUUUUUUUCAGGAGAAGACGUGAAGGCCUUUGGCUCUGCGGCUCUGCGGCUCUGCGGCUCUGCCGGCUUAAUGAAAGUGGCUCGCUGGCUGUCUCCACAGACACACAAACGCACUUUCUCUGCCUUUAGAUGAACUUUGAUCAUUCGUCUCUGCUUCCUGCGCUACAUCGCUGUCGAUCAUCGCAGCUUGUGUUUUUAUACCACGAGCAGCUGAAACCUGUGUGUGUGUGUGUGUGUGUGUGUGUGUGUGGACAUGACUCAACACAACUUCCUUAUUAAUGUUCAUCAUAAUCAGCUUGUUAUUGCAUGAAUCAGAGAGGCGUACAGGCAGGUUUUGUCUUUUAAUAUUAAUCAUUUAAAAAGCGGAAGAGGUAUAUGUGCAGACAUAAAAUUAUAUAAUUAUAAUAAUAAUAACUUUUAUUAACUCAAAUGACCUGUGGGCCACUGAGCAUGUUUUCUCAGUCAAGUGAAAAGAAAGUCACAUUUUUGGGGGAUAAAGCAACUUUUCAGUUUCAGUAUGUGGCUAUGUCAUGAUUCUCCCAGCAGUGACAAUGUUUUUCUGAUGGUAUUUCACCGAAUUUCAGAACAUGGAACGAUGUAAAGUUUGAUCGUCAUAGAAAAAGAAAAACAUACUGAAAUAACUAAUAUUAUAUUAAUUGUAUAUUAGUUGGCAGGUGGCAUGAAAUCCACUGGAGGGCUGCGAGUUGAAACAAGAGAAAGGGAAAUGUGUGUAAGUGUUGCGUGGUCAUGCAGGCUGUGGAUGUUAGUAUCUCGUAUCGACCAUUUUAUCUAACAGAUGUGAUAAUUGGCCAUAUUUAUACACUGAAAUACACUGCAUCUUUAUUCCUAUUUGGACUGCUUGUAAAAAGAGUAAAUACUGUAUAAAGACAUGGUGAAAGGAUUCAUGUUUGCCUUAAAUCUACAUGCUCCUGUCGCUUCAUUCCUCUAAUCUGCUUAAACUACCAACAUUCUCUGGAAAGUAGAGACACAAAAACCUGGCUCUGGGACUUUCAGAGCCCCGAGCUGUGAGAAGUAAUAUUUGCACAAACAUGAAAUGUUUAAAAGCGUAAAAGAAACUGAAACGAUGGGCUGCACUUUACUGUGUGCGUUUCAUGUAGUUGUGUCAUUGUGUGCACUUUAGACUUGAGUCUCACUUUUAAUGUUGACAUGUUAUACCGCUUUUAAUAAAAUCAUCUAUAAUGCUGA